UUUCACACAAAAAAGCCAUAAAACCAAAGAAAAGCAGAGAGAAGAAAUGUUUCAAAAUCCUCUAUAAACUGAUAGAAAUAUAUAUAAAGUUUGGAACUUUGAGUUUUAUCGUUUGAAAAAUUUGAAUGUUUUUGUAGAAGAGAGGUGAGGUGUUUGCUCAUGGAAAUGGGACAUGAAAGAUCGAAACCUUUGCAUAAUUUCACCUUACCUUGUGGUCUCAAGUGGGGUAAUCAGAAGUUUUUGAGGUGUGCGAAGGUUGAUUCGAACAGAGAAAUUGCUCAUCUACAACGGAGAUCAAAUGGGUCUGAGUCAAUCGGACGGCGGAUGAGAGAAAUCGACGUUAUGAUGAACCAUCGGAGAUCAAAUGGUGUUAGGGAUGACUUGUUGAAGAAGAUGGAGGUGGGUUUCAGUCGGAAAUUCAGGUCGGCGAGUUACUACACCGGCGGUGGUGGCGGCGCCGAAGGAGGAAAUGGAAUCGCGGCUGUAAGGGAGAAGUUGAUGUUUGAUCUUCAAACAGAGGCUGAUAAGAUGAAAUACGCGAUUUUUCGAGAUGGGUUAGAAGAGGAGGAAGAGAAGGAAGUGUCUAUAACUCCGGCGCCGGCACCGGCAAGUACCAUGAUACCGGCGGAGGCGGUGGGUGUAGAUGCGACUAGGCCGUGGAAUUUACGUACUCGACGAGCGGCGUGUAAGGCGCCAAUGAACAGAAUCGCCGGCGGCGGCGGAUCGAAUGGAGGUUUGAAGGUUAAUGUUAUCAGAAACAAUGAGUCGUCGUUGCCGUCACCGUUAAGAACUGAGACCAAAUCUGUAAGACUUCGAAGUGAGUUUGUCGGUGCCGGAGAUUCUUACACCGGCGAGAAGAGAAAGAGAGUGAAUUUUUCCGUUUCGCUCAAUCGGAGAGAGAUCGAAGAGGAUUUCAUGGCAAUGGUUGGACAUAGACCUCCUCGUCGACCCAAAAAACGAGCUAAAUUGAUUCAAAAGAAUUUAGACACGUUAUUUCCCGGGCUAUGGUUGACGGAGAUUUCACCGGACUUAUACAAAGUUCCCGAUGAUCAGUAGAAUGAAAAGAUGGGGAGUUUUGUGUUUCUUUUCUGACAAAAGAUGGUAACUUUGAUACUGGUAUAGUGGCAUCACCGUUUCGAGUUUGGGAAUUUGAUGAAACUGUUGAAUUUCCAUUUAUAACAGAAAGGUGGUGUAAAGAGGGGAUAAAGUUGCUGCUGCAAUGCUAAUUUUGCUUAGAGGUGAUUUGAUUUGUUCAUAUGUUCUCUGGUUUAUGUUUCAUUGGAAUAAGUUUUAACAUAGUGUGAUGUUCUUAGAUCAAAGACAAUUGUUCAUAUAGUGAAAAAGAAACCGUUCGUCUUUUCAAGUUGUGUAUUGCAUUCUACGUUAUGUUCCUAUACAUUUCAAAUUCGAAACUUUGUUCUUCUCAUUGACAGUUUAACGCAGUGGGAUGUUCUUAGAUCAACGACAGUCAUAUUGAAAGA